AUGGACCUUUGGCCAGUAGGAACUAUUGGCAUCAUCCAGAGGACAGCCAGGAUGCCUUCACUAUUAUGGAGUCCCAAGGCUGCUCCUGCAUUGGCUGUCAGCACCCUGAGAUGUUCACAGUACGUCUGGUGCCAGGGGCCAGUGUCUUCACUGAAACGAGGGGGGCUGUCCGGGGCAACUUGGGACGGGGCCCGGUGCGAGGCACUCUGCGGCCGGGGGAAGGCGGGGGGGGGGGGCAGCAGGGAGGCUCUGCGACCAGACGGGAGUGCGGGGUGGGGGCACGCAAUCGGUGGCUCCCGUGGAAAUCCCCAAGGUGGGAGCGGUCAGGGUCGGGCGGAAGUGGGGAGGCUGCGCUUCGGCGGGGCGGUGCCGAGGGCUGCGCUACGCGGGACUUCCGUGCUCCGCUGCGGGAAAGUGCGGUGGAGCGGGAAGAGCUCUUACGGCGUACGCGUAGGGUCAGACGCCAGACACCACCGCGUCCCGUGGCGCGCCGACAGGUGUAGUUUCCUGGUACGUGCCUUCGGGGCGGCCAUCCUAGUUCCGUGCGCGAUUCCCGUCGCGACCGUUCGGCAGGCGGCGUUUCCAGACGCGCACCGGGAGCACGGGCGUGGUGGUCGGGAGAAACACGGCGGCGCUCCGGGCAUGUUUCCCUGCGGCGGCGGUGGGGGCUCCACACUGGGACUCUUCUUUCUUCCUCCUCCACCAUCGGACACUGCAAAAACGAAGGAGGAAGCCGUGAGACGGGACAUGGGCCGGCUUCUGCGUCUGAAGGAUAUGGGGAUGACAGUUGCGUCCUUUCGUCCAUUUGUUACCACAGAUUUUCCCUUCAAAAAUUCUUAAUUUGUUCCCUUCAAGGUUCCUUGGUUUUUAACCCAUGAAUGUAAUUUUAUAUCC